ACAAAGGAUCAUUGUUGUACCCCAAAAUCCUUAACAGAAAAGAGAUUUAGAAAAAUAAUCUUUGGAAUCAUUAAUAUGCAGUCAUUUUAUGAUGACAGUAUUUUUUGUUCACUUCCCUUUUUAUAUUCUAGGUAAUAACAGUAUCAUGGAGAACGCUGAAAUCUCUGUGGAUUCAAAAUCCAUUAAAAAUUCGGAAACAAAGAUCCUCCAGGGAAGCAAAUCAGUGAACUCAGGAAUAUCUCUGGAGAGAAGUUACAAAAUGGAUUAUCCUGAAAUGGGCUUAUGCAUAAUCAUUAAUAACAAGAAUUUCCAUAUGAGCACUGGAAUGGCGCCUCGAUCUGGUACAGAUGUUGAUGCAGCAAAACUCAGGGAAACAUUCAUGAACUUGAAAUAUGAUGUCAAAAAUAAAAAUGAUCUUACAUGUGAAGAAAUCGUGGAACUCCUGCGCAGUGUUUCUAAAGAAGAUCACAGCAAAAGGAGCAGUUUUAUUUGUGUGAUUUUAAGCCACGGCGAGGAAGGACGCAUUUUUGGAACAAAUGGGUCUAUUGAACUGAAAAAACUAACAAAUUUGUUCAGAGGGGAUUGUUGUAGAAGUCUAACUGGAAAGCCUAAACUUUUCAUUAUUCAGGCCUGCCGAGGCACAGAGCUGGACAGCGGUAUCGAAACAGACAGUGCGGUCGAAAAUGACACAGUGUGCCAGAAAAUACCAGUUGAAGCUGACUUCUUAUACGCAUAUUCUACAGCGCCUGGUUACUAUUCCUGGCGAAAUUCAAAGGAAGGGUCCUGGUUCAUCCAGUCACUCUGUGAGAUGCUGAAGGAAUACGCUCACAAGCUGGAGUUCAUGCACAUCCUUACCCGGGUGAACUGGAAGGUAGCCACAGAAUUUGAGUCCUACUCCCUCGAUGCCAAUUUUCAUGCGAAGAAACAGGUUCCAUGUAUUGUGUCCAUGCUCACAAAAGAGCUGUAUUUUUAUCACUGAGGAGAUAGGUUGUUUGUUUUUUUUUCCAAUUUGUAUACUGAAUGAAUAGUAUAAGCAACAGAAAAGUGCUAUUACAUUUCCCUCUCUGAUUUAAAUCUAGUUGACCACUCCCUAUGGUACUUUGAAACAUAACUACUUUCAUAGCAAUAAAAUCAAUGACACUACCUCAAUAACUAAAUCAGGUAGUUGAUUUUCAAUUUAAUUAGGCAUAAAAGCAGAUUAUGGUACAAUCAUUAUGAGAGGAACUGAUUGUAAACUUAAAAUUUUCCUAAUUGUCAAGUUUUAAUGAUGCAAUGAGUUUUCAAUGAUGAGAAACGUUAAACGUUGCAGUGAUGAAUUUUAAUAAUAUCCCACCCCUGAAGACUGAACAUUCUAGUUUCUGUAAAACUGUAGAAAUGAAAAUGUGGCAUAAUGUACCCUGGCAUGUACAAAGGCUUGAACUUUUAUGUUAAAGUCAACAUACAGAGAUGGGUCAACUGUAUUUUUACAUUGUAUGUCUGAACUGAUGGAUUUUGUGAUGCUUGUUCUGAUCAUGUCUUUGUUAUGAAAACUCAUGCCUAUUAUUGAAAAAAAUCUAAUUAGUGAUUUCAGAGAAAGCAAACUGAGUUGACUCCUCCAAGGCUGAAAUGCAACAGAGGGGCAAACCUGUGCCUACAAGGUGCUGAAAUGCUGACCUACAGCAUCUCUUCUCAUUUUUGCUCAACCAAGCAGUUGAGCUUUUCACACCAGCAAACUAUCUGAAGAACUGUAAGAACCUCAAGCUGUCAAGUUACCAUCAGAAUAAUAUGAAGAAAUUAUAUAGGCACAUUCUAAAAGACAACUUAGGGGCUGUUAUGCUACAUCAUAUCAAACCACUGCCUACAAUUCCAGCAUACCAUAUCAGAGUGCCAGUUUGAGUCCUGACAAGAUGGGGACAGGGAUGCCUCAAUAAUGCCGGGGCUGUGCCUGGCCUCCCUGGCGGGGGCUGGGAUAGGGCUCCAUGCUCCACUGCUCCAAAAAGAUAGCCCAAGGGUCCAGUGUCAACUGUCACAGCCAUUUGGGGAGUAAACAAAUAGGUGAAAGAUCUCUUUUGCUCCCUCUACCUCCCCAUCACUCUGACUUUUAAAUAAAUCUUUUGUCAAAAUUUUAAAUAUAGCGUAUACAAUGAGCAGUGGAAUAUAAGGGAAAGAUAAAAAUUGAUCAGCUGGACACUCUAAUUUGCAAGACAAUAGUUCAAGUGAGGGCAAGACUGUGCUACAGCCUGUCCCGUGAAGGCAAGGCCACAGACCAAGGCUUCAGAAACAGGACCACCAGUUCAUGUCUUUGUGGAUAUUGGUGUGCUUGCAGGAUGUCCCCAGAGUGCAAAUGCUGAGUAAGAUAUUGAGUCAGACCAGAAAUCUGGGGAGUCAGUAAAAGGAAAAAAAAAAUCACAGUAUACUCUGUGGUAUUGAUAAGCAUGUUAUUUUCUGUUUAUAAUCAAAGGAGAAUGGUGGUAAUAUUUCAAACUGUUUGAGAAAAUCCAAGGCUCAUGGUACGCAGGACUUUAGAAGUCAUCCACUUGGAGCCCCAUCCCAGCCCCUGCAAGGGAGCCAAGCACAGCCAUGGUGCUGCUGGGCCAUCCCUGUCCCCACCACAUCAUGUCAUAUUCAUCAACUUUCUUCUGCUCAGCAGAGGAUCCCAUAUUCAUAGAUGCCACCUACUUGUGAUCAGAUCUGUAAUCAUUCGUAAGGAAAUGUAGCAUGUACCUCAAGGAAUGAGCCCAUACGACAGUUCUGGAAAACUUUAUUAUUUUGCAUUUUUAUUUCAAAUACAAAUUAAAUACUGAAGAUUACUGACA